AAGCUGUUGGCGCCACUGCCACAAUUCACCGAGUACUGUCAAUGGUAGAUGCACUCAGGUGACUGUUUAGCGAAAAUUCUAGUUAAGUUGUCUUUGUGUUGCUAAAUUUCUUCAUCACAGACAUGACGAAGCUCUCAGAGGGUGCCAUUGUGGCUCUAUCAAAUGGCACCGGUGGCAGCGACUCAGUGCUUCAGCUGGUGAACAUUCGCAAGAUUGAUGGAGGAAAUGGUCCAGCUCGCUUUCGGGUGAUGAUGAGUGAUGGCCUGCAUACUUUGUCCUCCUUCAUGCUCUCAACACAGCUGAACUACAUGGCUGAGGAGAACAUGCUGGCCCCGAACUGCAUCUGCAUUCUGAAGAGGCAUGUGACCAAUAUACUGAAGGAUACACGACGGGUGGUGAUUAUUUUGGAAUUGGAAGUCAUUAAGACUGCUGAUGAAGUUGCUGGAAAAAUAGGUGACCCGACUCCUUACACAGAUGGUCAGCCCAAAGGCCCGCAAUCUGCGCCAGUCCCUGAAAUCCGCCCUCCACUACAGCAGCACAAUACAAAUGAAGUGAACAGAGGUUUCAACAGAGACUUUGGGAAAAAGAACCCGUCUGCUAUGCCCAGCACUCCAGGGGGCAGCUCCAAAGUUGUACCCAUUGCCAGCCUCAACCCAUACCAGUCCAAAUGGACCAUCCGCGCUCGUGUGACCAACAAGAGCAGUAUCCGUACAUGGAGCAACUCUCGUGGUGAUGGAAAACUCUUCUCCAUGGAGAUUGUGGAUGAGAGUGGAGAGAUACGAGUGACUGGUUUCAACCAAGAGGUGGACAAGUUCUUCAGCCUCAUUGAGGUUGGGAAGGUCUACUAUGUCUCCAAAGGCUCCCUGAAGAUCGCCAACAAGCAGUACACAUCAGUGAAGAAUGAUUAUGAGAUGACCCUCAAUGGAGAGUCCACUGAUCCCUGCGAAGACAGCUGCGAUGUUCCCAUGGUGCAGUGCGAUUUUGUCUCUAUUGGUGACCUGGAGAACAGAGAUAAAGAUGCCAUCAUUGACGUGAUUGGAGUGUGUAAGAGUGUGGAGGAAGUGACCCGCCUCACUACCAAGUCCAACAGAGAAGUGUCCAAGAGGACGAUCAGCCUGAUGGACAUGUCCGGGAAGAUGGUGACUGUCACGCUGUGGGGAGAGGAAGCAGAAAAGUUUGAAGGCUCUGGACAGCCCAUUGUGGCCAUUAAGGGGGCGAAGCUUUCAGACUAUGGAGGCCGGUCCCUGUCUGCAUCUUUCAGCAGCACCCUGAUGAUCAACCCAGACAUCCCUGAGGCUUAUAAGCUCCGAGGCUGGUAUGACAAGGAGGGACAUGCUAUGGAUGGACAGUCCCUGACAGAGAUGAGAAGCAGCGGUGGAGGACUCACCAACUGGAAGACUCUAUCUGACGUUAAGACGGAGCACCUGGGACACGGAGACAAGGCAGACUACUACACCUGCAUCGCUACCAUAGUGUACCUGCGCAAGGAAAACUGCCUUUACCAGGCCUGUCCCAGCCAAGACUGCAACAAAAAAGUGAUAGAUCAACAGAAUGGCAUGUACCGCUGCGAAAAGUGUGACAAAGAAUUCCCCAACUUCAAGUACCGCCUCAUCCUUUCUGCCAACAUUGCAGAUUAUGCAGACAACCAGUGGGUGACUCUCUUCCAGGAGAGUGCAGAGGCCAUCCUGGGCCAGAACGCAGCUUACCUGGGGCAGCUCAAGGACUCGAAUGAAGCCGCCUUCGACGAGGUUUUCCAACAAGCCAACUUCAACACUUUUGUCUUCCGCAGCAGAGUGAAGCUAGAAACGUAUAACGACGAAUCCAGGAUCAAGGCCACAGUGAUGGAGGUAAAGCCUGUUGACCAUAAGGACUACAGCAGGAGGCUGAUCAUGAACAUAAGGAAACAGGCCGCUCAGUAGGAACUCAUCAUUUAUGCCAAGUCUCUCUCACUCUUCAGUAGUCUUUUUCAUGGUUUGGUGGGUUUUCUUUUGUUUCUGUACAGUCAACAAACAGCUCUAAAUGUGUAAGUUUUACUUCCAUAGCAUUUGUGUUUUUUCAUGUUCAUUAUCUUUGACCAGCCCUGUAAGUGAGUUAUCCUCAAUGUCCUGUAUCCGUGACUGUUCACCUGUCCUUUGUGAAAUUAUGAUUUGUGGUCUAACUCGUUUUUGUUGGUGAACAUCACGGACAAGGAUUUCUCUCCUUGUACUUGGGGAAGCAGAGCAGAGAGUGGGUCAGUAAGCCACAAAAGAAACCAUCGCUGCGCCUGUCUUAAGUCAGCCGGUUGUUCUGUACAGCGGUCAUGUGGGGGUGGUGGCUGCUUUGAGCAGAGGACCAGUACAGUAGCGAGCACUCUUUUCACUUUCUGACGGGCGCUCAAAACGGCUGGGCUGGACCUGCACAUCCCUGAUAAGACCUUCUACUCUGCCACUCUCUUUUUUGCUCCGUCUCUCACAUACUUGCAAACAUAAGCACAUAUACACAUGCACAGUGCAAACCUAAUGGGAAAUGUACUGCAGUCUGUUUAAAUAGAUAAAAGGUGUUUUCAAUGCCUGCACCUUUUUUUUGUGUUUCGUUAUUUUGUUUUCUGUAAGAAUUGUGAGAAUAAAGAUGUUUGUAAUCAAA